UUUUUUUUUUUGUUUCUUCACAUUUUCAAAAAGUUGAUCCACAUUCUAAACAGUUCUAUCACUUGUAAACAAAAAUGGCGGACGAUCAAGACCAGGCCAUACCAGUACAAACUGUGGAGGAGCCACUGGAUCUUGUUCGGCUUAGCUUAGAUGAAAGGAUUUAUGUCAAGAUGAGGACAGAUAGAGAACUUCGUGGACGCUUACAUGCUUAUGACCAACAUCUGAACAUGAUACUAGGUGAUGUAGAAGAAACAGUAACUACUUCUGAAAUUGAUGAGGAGACAUAUGAAGAAAUCUUCAAGACCACUAAAAGAUCUAUAGCCAUGUUGUUUGUCAGAGGUGAUGGUGUUAUUCUAGUCUCUCCACCCAUGAGGACUGCUACAUGAACACCUUUCUAUAUCUUCUGAUGUUUACUUGUAUUAAAUGACUUUUUGUAAAAUGA